AUGGCAGAGAGGACUGCGUUUGCAAUAUGGAAGUAUGCACAUUAUUUUCAAUUUGUCAACGAAAAGGAAAAGAACAUAACGGUAAAAUGCACACUCUGCGCUGGUGAAAAGCUUCUGUCGACCGCCAAAAAUUCUACCUCAAAUUUAAAAAAGCAUCUCGCAUCCAAACACCAAUCUAGCACUCUGGUAGCAAAGCCUGCUGCUGCUGAGGAGGACGACGGCGGUGCACCAGCUCCAAAGCAACAGCGUUUGAGUUUUAACUCCGCUAAAACAGUCCCCAUCAGUGAAGUUUACAAACUUGUGGCCGGUUAUGUAGUUGAGGAGAUGCUUCCAAUUACAACUGUGGAGUCUCCAUCUUUCCGUAGAUUGAUCAGCAAAAUCCCAACUACACGCAACACAGAGGGAACAGUGCCCGACCGCAAAACAUUUGCAAGUUAUCUGGACAAAUCCUACACAGACAUGGAGAAAGAACUGAAAAAAACGUUUGAAGAACUGGAAUUUGUUUCUACCACGGCAGAUUUGUGGACAGCUAAUAAUAAGAGCUACAUGGGAAUGACGGCACACUGGAUACAUCCAUCCACUCUGAAGCGGGGGAAAGCUGCAAUCGCAUGUAGGCGGGUGAGAGGACGGCACACGCAUGAUGUAGUUGCAGGGGAGAUCGAACAAAUUCAUACGUCAUAUGGCCUUGGUGGGAAAGUGAUAGCCACGGUCACUGACAAUGGAUCUAAUUUCGUUAAGGCGUUCCAGGUGUUUCACAAAACGGCCUCGGACUCAGAGGAUGAAGAAGAUCGGAGUGAAAGUGUCACUUUCGAGGAUAUAAACGAUGUGCUGUCAAGCUCUGAUGGUGAUGGCAUGAUCAGUCUCCCUCCUCACCACAGAUGCGCGUCUCAUAUGCUUAAUCUGAUAUCCACCACAGACAUAGAAAAAUGGCUGUCUUCCAACAGUGACACAAGAUCAGUAUACAGGAGUGCUAUUGCAAAAUGUUCGGCACUCUGGACCAAAGCGAGCAGAUCAGCAUAUGCAUCAGAAACUGUGGAAAAAUUCAGCAGGAGAAAGCUGCUGGUUCCCACAAUGACCAGAUGGAAUUCUUUUUAUAAGGCUUUGUGCAGGGUCAUGGACAUCCCCAUCACUGACCUGCACAACUUAUGCACCCAGCUGGGCAUCAGGUGCAUUACUGACAGGGAGUACCAGUUUAUUAAAGAGUACUGCGUGAUUCUCAAACCGCUGGCCAUGGCCCUAGAUAUUCUUCAAGGGGAGGAAAACUGUUUUUAUGGAACUAUCCUGCCGACACUGGAAGCCCUGAUGGCAAAAACGAUGGAUUUAAAAGACACUCUCUCCCGGAUGACAUCUGGCCUGCCUGAUGUUAUAGUUGAGGCCAUAAAGACACGCUUUGCAUCCACGCUGGACAGCAAGGAGGCCCUGCUGGCUGCAGUGACCAUUCCUAAAUUCAAACUGCGCUGGAUAAAAGAUGAAACUAGAAAAGACGCCGCCAAGGUGCUGCUUGCUGCCGAGUGCCGUGCGCUGGGGCAUCCGCAGCUUGAGGAACUGCCACCUGCACCCGUCAGCGGAGGAGACGCCGUCGAGACCGACUUUUUUUCAUUUACAGAGGACAGACAGGUCUCAGAGACGUUGGACACUGAAAUUGCUGAGUAUUUUAAGUCAGGUGUCGAAAUCGAUAUGUUGAACAAGUUCCCCAGGAUCAAGACAGUGUUUCUGCGCUUCAAUACCCCACCACCCUCCAGCGCACCCGUGGAGAGGCUUUUCAGCCUCUGGAGUCUCGUUCUUACUCCCAGGAGAAAUCGACUGUCGGACAAACGGUUCGAAAAUCUGCUUCUGCUACGUUUUAAUCACUACUUUGAAGAGUAA